AUGCGCUUCAGCCAUAGGUCCAACCUAAUCGGCCACCAGAGGACCCACACUGAGGAGAGGCCCUACGAGUGUUCCAAGUGUGGGAAAAGGUUUAAGAUUAGGCCCCAUCUCCUCCGGCACUAUCAGACUCACACAGAGGAGAAGCCCUUCCGCUGCCCCGACUGCGCGAAGGGAUUCAGGCACAACUCCAACCUCAUCAGGCACCGGCGCAUCCACACCGGGGAGAGGCCCUACGAGUGUGAGGAGUGCGGGAAAUGCUUCAGCGAAAGCUCCAACGUGAUCAGGCACCAGAGAAUCCACACUGGGGAGAAGCCCAACAAGUGUUCCAACUCGGACCUCAUCAAGCACCAGAGGACCCACACUGGGGAGAGGCCCUACGAGUGUUCCAAGUGUGGGAAGAGAUUUCAGACCACCUCCAGUCUCUUCCUGCACUAUCAGAUUCACACAGAUGAGAGGCCCUUCCGCUGCCCCGACUGCGCGAAGGGAUUCAACCGCAACUCCGACCUCGAAGGCAACGGGGAGGAAAAGGCCCCGAGAUGCCGCACGAGGAGGGGCUGCAAAGGCAGAUGGCGGCGAUCUGAGGGGGAAAGACCCAGCCUGGGCCGGGAAGGCGGCCGGAGAUCGAGCCAGAGCUCGGAGCUGGUGCUCCAUGAGCAGCCCCAUGAUGGGGAGAAGCCCCACACGUGUGAGGAGUGUGGGAAGAGCUUCAGGUGGAGCUCCAAGCUGAUUGAGCACCAGAGGAUCCACACUGGGGAGAAGCCCUACGAGUGUGGGGAGUGCGGGAAGAGAUUCAGCCACAGCUCCAUGCUCAUCAUGCACCACAGGACCCACACCGGGGAGAGGCCCUUCGAGUGUGGGGAGUGUGGGAAGAGAUUCAUGUGGCGCUCCCACCUGCAUCAGCGCAUCCACAGUGUUGAGAGGCCCUACGAGUGUUCCAAGUGUGGGAAGACGUUUAAGAUCAGCUCCCAUCUCCUCCUGCACUAUUGGGUUCACACGGAGGAGAAGCCCUUCUGCUGCCCCGACUGCGGGAAGAGAUUCCUGCGCAAGUCCCACCUCGUCAGGCACCGGCGCAUCCACACCGGCGAGAAGCCCUACGAGUGUUCUGAAUGUGGGAAGUGUUUUGGGACCACCACCCAUGUUCUCCUGCACUAUGGGAUGCACACGGAGGAGAGGCCCUUCCACUGCCCCGACUGCGGGAAGGGAUUCAUGCAGAACUCCCAGGUCAUCGCCCACCGGCGCAUCCACACCGGGGAGAGGCCCUACGAGUGUCCCCAGUGUGGGAAGAGCUUCUCACUGCGCUGUAACUUGACCCGACACCAACGGACCCAUGAUGGGGAGAAGCCCCACACGUGCGGGGAGUGUGGGAAGAGCUUCAGUAAAAGGUGCGACUUGAUCAAGCACCACAGGACCCACACAGGGGAGAGGCGCUACGAGUGUGGGGAGUGUGGGAAGAGCUUCAGCAAUAGCUCCAACCUUAUCAGGCACCAGAGGACCCACACUGAGGAGAGGCCCUACGAAUGUUCCAAGUGUGGGAAAAGGUUUAAGACCUGCUCCCAUCUCCUCCAGCACUAUCAGAUUCACACAGAGGAGAAGCCCUUCUGCUGCCCCGACUGUGGGAAGGGAUUCAAGUGCAACUCCGACCUUGUCAUCCACCGGCGCAUCCACACUGGGGAGAGGCCCUACGAGUGUGGGGAGUGUGGGAAGAGCUUCAGGUGCAGUUCUAGCCUGAUCAAGCACCAGAGGACCCACACUGGGGAGAGGCCAUACGAGUGUUCCAAGUGUGAGAAGAGAUUUCAGACCACCUCCAAUCUCCUACGGCACUAUAUGAGUCACGCAGAGGAGAAGCCCUUCCGCUGCCCCGACUGUGGGAUGGGAUUCAACCGCAAGUCCCGCCUCGUCAGCCACCGGUGCAUCCACAAUGGGGAGAGGCCCUACGAGUGUAGGGAGUGUGGGAAGAGCUUCAGGUGCAACUCCCACCUGAGGAGGCACCAGAGAAUCCACACUGGGGAGAGGCCCUACGAGUGUUCCAAGUGUGGAAAGAGGUUUCAGACCAGCUCCCAUCUCCUCCAGCACUAUCAGAGUCACACAGAUGAGAGGCCCUACCGCUGCCCCGACUGCACGAAGGGAUUCAAGCACAAUUCCGACCUCGUCACGCACCGGCGCAUCCACACUGGGGAGAGGCCCUACGAGUGUCCCAAGUGUGGGAAGAGCUUCUCACAGCGCAGUAACUUGACCCGACACCAACGGAGCCACCGCUAAUGGAAGGCCUGCGAGCGCCCCGAGUGCGGGAAGAGCUUUGUGCGCUGCUCCAGCUCCAUCCCCCUCUGAAGGAGCCACGCUGGGCACAGCCCUGGUGACCCACAUUCCCUGUGAUCCGUGCUGGGAACACACCUGGCUGCUUCUCCUUUUGCUUUGGCCUUAAUUUCUUUCUCUUCUCCAUCUCUCUGCAGUCCAAAAGCCAAGAGGGAUGGAUCUGUCUCUUCAAAACCACUCAAAUCCUACUGAAAAGAGCUUUCUUUUAGCCCAUAAAGGCUCAAUACUACCUCAAGAUGGCUUCUUCCCACCUCAGGAAAAAACCUCAAUCCCACACCAAACCCACUUGAUUCCACAGCCACCAGGCUGAGAUGGGGUUGGGAGGAGACUGGGAGAAGUGGGAUCCCAGUUGGGAGCAGUGGGAUGGGGAUUGUGGUGGGCUGGGUGUGUGGGAUGUAUUUGAUAGCAAAUAAAACUCUCAGACUUA